UCUACUUAAUUGCUCUCUCGCCUCCUCCUCAUCAUCUCUAAAUAAUCUCUCUUUCAUCUUUCAUCUCUCUCGAUCUCUCUAGUCUGUUGUAUCUCUAAGAAUCCAAGAAGAUAUGUCUAGAGCUACCGUAGAACUUGACUUCCUCGGUGUUGAGAAGAAGCAGCACCAAACCAACAACGCUCCAAAGCCUAAGUUCCAGAAAUUUCUCGACCGUCGUCGUAGUUUCCGAGAGAUACAAGGAGCGAUAUCGAAGAUCGAUCCGGAGAUAAUAAAAUCUUUGUUAGCUUCCGGUGGUGGUAACCAUAAUACUGACUCAUCGGCCAAAUCUUCUUCUGUUCCGUCUACUCCGAGGGAACAUCAACUACCUCAGAUCCCCAUUUCUCCGGUCCACGCGUCUCUCGCCAGGCCAAGUACGGAAGCUGUGUCUGGAACCGUACCUAUGACAAUUUUUUACAAUGGAACUGUAUCCGUUUACAAAGUUUCUCGUAACAAGGCUGAGGAAAUUAUGAAGGUGGCUAAUGAAACUGCAGCGUCGAAGAAAGACACAUCGUCGACGGAGACUGAGACUGACCUUUCGGUAAUUACUCCGACUACUCUAAGACCAAAGCUCUUUGGCCAGAAUCUAGAAGGAGAUCUUCCCAUCGCAAGGAGAAAGUCAUUGCUAAGGUUUCUUGAGAAGCGCAAGGAGAGAUUAGUAUCGACAUCUCCUUACUAUCCGACAUCGGCCUAAAAAGCGAUAUCUUUCUUAAGAUUGGGACAUGGACCAAAAUUGUCAUUUUCACUCCCUCCCAAAGACAUCGAUGUGUUCCUUUUGCAUUUUGGCUUCUUCUCUCCCCAGUCUCAUCUUUGAAUCGAUGGCCUUCGUUGUUGCUUAUGCGUAUACUGUUUUAGAACACGUUUUUUAGGAGAUGAUUACGUUACACCUACUAAGAUCAUAUAUACUUCUAUAUAUAUUUCGGUAUUUUUUUUUUCUUUCUACUUUCUUUUAAGUGUUCAAUUAUCAUCUUUAAUGACUCAUUGAUACUAUUAUAUGAUGGUGUCACAGACUUUUGUUUUAAUCUUUUUUAAGUAUUUGUAAAAGAAAAUGAACACGCCUCUUUCGACU